AUAGUCUCGAAUAUUAAUAUAGAAUACUCGUUUUCAGAGUUGUUUUUAGCAUAAAAAUACAAAAUCAGCAAUAUGGAUGAUAUGGAGAUAGCUAGUGUGGGCCAAUUUCAAACAUUGGUCCGCUAUAAUAAUCCGGUGCUCGUUGUCAAGCAUCCGGAUAAGAAAGGUGCUCCGCUAACGGAGCUGGAAAUGAAACGACCCCAAACGGCCGGUGCCCUAUUAGAUACCAAGAAAGAGACUGAGGAAAUAUUAAACUCGAUAUUGCCGCCACGCUGUUGGGAGGAGGAUGGUCAAUUGUGGCAGCAAUCUGUAUCCAGCACGCCGGCCACACGCCAAGAUGUCAUCAACUUGCAGGAGAUGCUGGACACACGCCUGCAGCAGACACAGGCACGCGAGACGGGUAUUUGUCCCGUACGCCGUGAGCUCUACUCGCAGUGUUUUGAUGAGAUUAUACGCCAAGUGACAAUCAAUUGCUCGGAGCGCGGCUUGCUUUUGCUGCGCAUUCGCGACGAAAUCGCCAUGUCCAUGGAGGCCUAUGAGACAUUGUACUGCAGCUCGGUGGCAUUUGGGAUGCGUAAGGCUUUGCAGGCCCAUGAGGAGAAGGAAAUGUUACGCGAUCGCGUAAAAACUUUGGAGUCGGAUAAAGAGGCACUCGAAGAAAUCAUUGCUGAUAUGAAAAUGAAGCAAGAGCAGGCCGAGCGUCGCAAUGCCGAACUACGCGCCUCUGAGGAGAAGAAGUUCACUGAGGAGAUUACAUUCCUGAAGAAGACCAAUGCACAGCUCAAGGCACAGCUGGAGGGCAUUACGGCACCGAAGAAGUAGACUGUCGCUGAUUGUGUCGUUGUUUGUAUUUAUUGAUUUAAAUGAAUUGUUAGAAAUUAUUGGAAUUAAAAGGACUGAGCAACAGCUAAGACUCAUCA